GCUUAACCGAAUUUACUAAUCUUUUUUCCCCUUUACUUCUACAUAUUUUUAUCAUUUAAGCCGAUCAUUAUUUCUUUUUUCAUUAGGAAAAAACAAUCUUUUCUGUUACUCGACAACUGAAACAAUCAAAUAAGUAUGGAAAUAGAAGAUGAUAGCCGCCAUGAAGAAAUCAUCAGCUCCAACAACAACGAUCAUAUCCAUCAAAUCCUUCGAGAACUCAAAGGGAAGAAGAUAUCUAAAUUCAUCCUCCUCUUCCUCAACAUCGUCCUCAUCCUCAUCGGCGGCAGCGGCGGCCCCCUCAUUCUCCGAUUCUACUUUCUCCAUGGCGGCAAACGCAAAUGGUUCAAUGCCUUCCUUCAAACAGCCGGCUUUCCCUUCCUCCUCGUCCCCAUCUUCUUCUCCUUCUUUUGUCGUCACAGCCGUACCAAUCGUCGCCGCUUCUUACUCACUCCCACUCUCCUUCUCCACUGCACCAUUAUCGGCCUCAUCACAGGCAUUGCCGACUACCUCUACUCAUACGGUCUCUCUUCUCUUCCGGUCUCCACCGCUUCCCUCCUCAUCUCAUUGCAGCUCGGCUUCACCGCAGUCUUCGCCUUCUUCAUCGUGAAGCAUAAAUUCAACUCUUUCACAGUAAAUUCGGUGGUGCUGCUGACGUUGGGUGCGGUGGUGCUCGCCGUGCACGCGAAUGGCGAUAGACCAGAUGGUGAAUCGGAGGCCAAAUACUAUCUCGGCUUUAUAAUGAAACUUGUGGCUUCCGUAAUAUAUGCGUUGGUGUUGCCGCUUGUAGAACUUAUGUACAUGCGCGCAGCGCAGGAGGUGACUUAUGCACUCAUUAUGGAGAUGCAGUUUGUUAUUGGGCUUUCUGCUACGGUUUUUUGUGCAAUUGGGAUGGCAGUCAACAAAGAUUUUCAG